GCCGGAUUGAGGACGCUGAUUCCAAAGCGCAUCCAACACAGCCUCAGCUGCCAACUCAGCCCAAGGCGUGAUUUGUCACUGUUCAUCCCACUGUAACGAUUUCAUGCUUCACUCAGGGCUGGUCCCGAAACGGCCUACAUUCUGAAAGCAUAUAAGCUCUAGGUUAUCCCCCAAGGCCAGCAGCCCCUGAAUCCCAUCUGCACCACAACCCUUCAUGCGCGCGCGACUCUUCCGCGUCCUGCUCACACUCUCCCAACUCACACGACCAGCCUCUUUGCGCCAGUCCCCACGAGCCGCAAGAGCCCCGAUCAUCCUCAAGUCCAUGCCCUCUAUCCCCUUUCUCAGCGCUCUAUUUGGCAGCUCAGCAUCGACCGCCAACAAAAACACCAUGACAUCAUCCUAUCCCGACCAGCGAACCCCAGAGGAAUGGCGCGCCGUCCUUAGCCCUGAACAAUUCCGCAUCCUGCGCGAGAAAGGCACCGAGCCGCCCGGCACGGGCGAGUACGACAAGCACUACCCGGAGGCGGGGGUGUACACGUGCGCGGGGUGCGGCGCGCCGCUGUACCGGGCGCGGCACAAGUUCGCGUCCGGGUGCGGCUGGCCGGCCUACUUCGACAGCAUCCCGGGGGCGGUCGCCCGGCACGAGGACCGCUCGUUCGGCAUGGUGCGCACCGAGAUCGUGUGCGCCAACUGCGGCGGCCACCUGGGCCACGUCUUCAAGGGCGAGGGGUUCCCCACGCCGACGGACGAGCGGCACUGCGUGAACAGCAUUUCGCUGAAGUUCGUCGAGGAUGAGGAGGUGGUGGUGGAGGGGAAAGGGGCGGUUGGUGAGGGGAAGGGGGGAAAGGAAAGUAAAGCUUAGCUUGAGGUCAGGAUGCAGGUAGCCAUGAAUUCUAACGAAUGAUGAACAAAGAAAAGAAGGUUGGGAACUCGCAGCGCUGUAUCAAAAGUG